CUUUUGCAGCCUGGAGAUCCCCAUAUUUAAUAACAAAUCAAUAACAAUUUGCAAAUUGCAAAAUGCAGAUAACCUAGGUAAGCAAAAUGGCUGUGGGUACGGCAUCUUUCCCGGCUUCUGUCCGGCUCCAACUGCGGGGAUUUCCCGGGGCUGCUUCUGCUUCUCUGCCAACGCGCGCCUGGCCUCGCGACGAUGCUCGAUCCUUUUUAUAUUCCCCUGCGGUGGGGACGGGACUGUGAACUUCCCUGGCCUUGCUUCAUUUCUGUCUUUUCUCGUCUCUUGCCGUUGGAUGGUCUCUCUGUCCAGUGAGUGUCUGUUGCUCUAGAUCUACAUCUACAGAUCUAUCGACACAUCAGCCAUGUCUUCACAACUAGCAACAUGUCUGCGCCUGGCCAGGCAGUUCCACUCGAAUCCUACUAAGCAUCAGCUUUUCCUCGCCCGUGCCUUCUCCAGCAGUGUUCGACGGCCGGCGAUCAACAAGAUCUUCCCGUCUGCCGCGGACGCAAUCAAGGAUAUGAAGUCGAAUUCGACCCUCCUGGCCGGCGGUUUCGGUCUCUCCGGCGUUCCAGACACCCUGAUUAACGCCGUGCAUGCGAAUCCUUCCAUCACGGGACUGACAGCUGUCAGUAACAAUGCCGGUGUCGAUGGAGCGGGACUUGGCCUCCUCCUGCAGUCCAAACAGAUCCGUAAGAUGAUCGCCAGCUACGUUGGAGAGAACAAGACUUUUGAACGCAUGUACCUGGGUGGCGAGAUAGAGCUGGAGUUGACCCCCCAGGGCACACUGGCUGAGAGAUGCCGUGCUGGUGGCGCUGGCAUCCCGGCCUUCUACACCCCUGCCGCCUUUGGGACGGUUGUCCAGACGGGCGAGCUCCCGCUGAGGCAUAACCGCGAUGGCACAGUGGCGUUGUAUGGCCAACCUCGCGAUGUCAAGGUCUUUGAUGGCAAGAGCUACGUGAUGGAGGAGUCGAUCAAAGGUGACUACGCCUUCGUCAAGGCCUGGAAAGCAGACAGGCUGGGUAACUGUCAGUUCCGCUUCGCCGCAGCAAACUUCAACGGAGCCAUGGGCCGCAACGCCAAGAUGACAAUUGUUGAGGCCGAGAAUAUUGUCGAGGUCGGUGAGAUCGAGCCAUCCGCCAUCCACCUUCCGGGUAUCUAUGUCAAGCGUGUCGUCCAAAGCACGGCCGAGAAGAAGAUUGAAAAGUACACCUUCGCCAAGGAGGAAGGGGACGAAACCGCCGCUGCUUUGGGCAAGGGGGAGACUGCUAACAAGCGGGAGCGUAUCGUCCGGCGCGCAGCCAAGGAGUUCAAGAACGGCAUGUACGCUAACUUGGGCAUUGGGAUGCCUAUGUUGGCUCCCAAUUUUGUCGAUCCCUCUGUCGAAGUCACACUUCAGUCGGAGAACGGCAUCCUGGGUCUGGGCCCUUAUCCGAAGAAGGGACAGGAAGAUCCCGAUCUGAUCAAUGCCGGGAAGGAGACAGUCACCCUUCUUCCUGGAGCUUCUUGCUUCGGAAGCGACGAGUCGUUUGGAAUGAUCCGUGCCGGACGCAUUGACUUGACCAUCCUGGGAGCCAUGCAGGUUAGUGCCAAGGGCGAUCUGGCAAAUUGGAUGCUUCCCGGUAAGAUCAAGGGUUUUGGAGGUGCCAUGGAUCUCGUCUCCAACUCAUCCACGACGAAGGUUGUUGUGACCAUGGAGCAUACCGACAAGAAAGGAAACCCUAAGAUCGUCAAGCAGUGCGAGUUCCCCUUGACCGGAAAGGCUUGUGUCAGCCGUAUCAUUACAGAUCUCUGCGUCUUCGACGUAGAUUUCGUUGACGGGUUGAAGCUGAUUGAAUUGGCCGACGGUGUCACAGUGGAUGAGGUGCGGGCUAAGACUGGGGCUCCAUUCAAGGUUGCCGAUGAUGUGAAGCCCAUGCUGUGAUGCCUACCAUGAUUUUCUGCCAUUUUUUAAGUGCACUGGUGCAUUGAUUUGUUCCUUUACUCUCCCCCCCUUUCUGAUAUAGAAUGUCUCUUGAAUACAAUAAAUGCAAUGAUAAACCAGCCAAACCAGGGAUCAAUACAACAUAGUACAUUAUACAUACACAUAUAGAAUAAGUCCCGAUCACUUUUCCCUAUAUAACUGCAAGAAACUCCGAGUCAUUUUUACCCCCAUUCAACCAUAUCAGCAAAGAAAACCCCCCAGCCAAAACAAGAUCUAUUCGAACCGAAACAACCCCGACAACCUCUUCUUGGCUCUCCCUAACCAAUUCCGUCCCGGCGCCUCCUCGAAUUCCCGAACAAGAUUAUCGUAAUAAUUGGGAUCACUGGCGGGGAAUCGCAACUUCGGCGACAAGGGAUAUCGUUUUGCGUAGCGGUCGUCCAGUAACGAGGAUAAUGCGUUGACGGAUGAUUCGGAUAUAGGAGCAGCAGCUUGCGGUUUGUUGGGCUGUUGUUGUGGUUGCUGGGCCUUUGAGAUCUCUGAAAUACGGGAUUCGAGGAAGUAUCGGACAGAGACUGAUGCAGGACGAACGGGAUCAGAGGGCCAGCGGCUAAGGAGAUCCGUUAGUCUGGCUUGUAGGGAUUGCGGACGGAGAGUCUUGGAUUGAUUGAAGGAGACUACAUGUUAGCGUUGCCCUCUCUGGUAGCAUUGUGGAGUGAAGUGGUUUUACAGGAGGCUUGGACAUGGUGGAAGUCGAAUAGGACAAGGACUCGUCCAGCAGAUGCGAGGGAUGGGAUGCUC